UCCGCUGCGAGACAGCUAAUGCUCGGGAGAAACAUAUUCUCGUCUCUUUUUGGAAGUUUUACUUAACACCCGGGGCACAAGCAGUGUAUUUGGUCUUGCAGGUUCUUGCCAGGUGGAUGUUUGGGCUGAGAGCUCUGUUUGGAGUAGGUCUCCUUGUGACAUCACGAGGAGGCGUGGCACUGGCUCAGAGAGGAGCAUGUCCCAUCAUUAAUGGCAAUAAAUACAAACCGGAGCAUUCUUGUCGACAAACUUCUACCAUGGCCCAGCAGAUCAAGUAUUUAGGACAGGAGGAGGCUCAGCACAUCGAUGAGGAGCUGUUCUCUGAGUAUAGCUUCAGUGUGGACCAGCUGAUGGAGCUGGCUGGACUUAGCUGUGCCACCGCCGUUGCUAAAGGAUACCCCUUGGCCUCACUGGUGAAAAGCAAACCCACAGUGCUGGUUAUUUGCGGUCCGGGAAACAACGGCGGAGAUGGGUUGGUCUGUGCUCGACAUCUCAAGCUUUUUGGCUAUGAACCCACAGUGCUAUACCCAAAGCGACCCAACAAACCUCUCUUUCAGAGUCUAACCACACAAUGUGAGAAGAUGGCCAUAUCCUUCCUUGAGGAGAUGCCUGAGGCCAACGUGAUUGAUGAAGCCUACAACUUGGUGAUAGACGCCAUUUUUGGAUUCAGCUUCAAGGGGGCGGUACGAGAACCAUUUGGCAGUAUUUUGUCUGUACUUAAGAAAAUCACAGUGCCCAUCGCAAGUGUCGACAUUCCCUCAGGUUGGGAUGUGGAAAAUGGCAGUACAGAUGGGCUGCAGCCAGACAUGCUCAUCUCCCUCACUGCUCCUAAGAAAGCAGCAAAACAGUUCAAAGGACGGUAUCACUUUCUUGGCGGUCGUUUUGUGCCCCCAGUCCUGGAACAGAAGUACCAGCUCAACCUGCCUCAGUACCCUGGCACUGACUGUGUUUAUCAGCUCAACUGAAUGGAAUUAUUCACGAGGCUGAGAAUCCAGCGUGUACUGGAUUCUGUGUUACCAUGGUAAACUGUAAUUGGGAGAGUAAUUAACCUGGUUUGGAACAUUAAGUCAAUAAAAUCAAGUUUUUGUUCUUUGCUGUCACUGAAAACAAUGCCUAUAAAAAUGCAUCAUGACUGCAUUAAAACAGACUUUAUUCUUUCUUGAAAGCUGGAAUGGAUUAACUAAUUAAUUUGUCUUAUCUACUCUCAUUUUGCUGUGCUAAUCUUAAAUUUGCCUGACUUUUAACUCAACUCUCCAUGUGUCCAUGUGUCUUCAACAUCAAAGGCAAUCAAAUAAAGUUCAAUGGCUUCUUCUGUGUGAC